UCCUGCCGCCCCUCCGAGGCCGAGCGCGCGGUCAGCAGUCGCCGCCGUUGUCGGGCGAGCCGGGGCUCUGCGGGGGACGCCAGGCGAGCGCCGUCCGCUGCUGGCGGGGCUCGGGGGCGGCCGGGGCGGUAUCGCCUCCGCCUGGGGCUCGGGCAGCCGCGGCCGUGCGUGGGAGGUGCCCGGUGGGGUAUACGCCUUUCUGAGGAGGUAGAAGAUGGCUGUAUAUUUGAAAAAGCCCUUCAAAGACAGUCUGGGUGAUAUAAAAGAACGAAUGAAAGAGAAAAGAAAUCAGAAAUGGACACGGCUGGGUAAAAUUAGCCAGAUCUCCACUGUAAAGUGCAAAAUAGCAACCAACAGCUCCGUGCAAAUGAAGAGCAUCCAAGCAAAUAACAGAGCUCUAGCUCUGGCUUUGCAAGAAGAAAAGCUCAAACUGAGGGAUGCCCAGGCUACCAUUCUUCAUUUAAGGCAAGAAUAUCAAGAUCUGAAGGUUCAGAUGUUUGACUUGCAAAGAAAUCUUAGGUUCAAGCAAGCACAAGGACUUGUUGAGAAUCAACUGUCAGCCUUGAAUGAGAUAAUUUCAAAAGUUUCUCAGAAUUUACUGGACUCAAUUGAUCUCCUUGGCCCAGCAAAGAAUUUGUGUUCCGUAGGUGUGAAUCAGAGUGUGCUUUCUUCUGUUCCUGAAAAUAGUUCCAGUGUCAUAGGACAAGUAAGUUCAGUAGGACCUCUACAGUCUGCUAAUGGAGAUGAUCAAGCACUUCCAAGUGGGAUGGAGGCUGAUUGUGACAGAAAUGAGCUGGCUCAUCCUGUGUCAGAGAUCUGUGAGGAAUUGGACAAUGCCAUUUCCUUAAUCAAAAUAGUUCCAGACAAAGGGCAAACAUCUGAUGUUCAUCUGGACAACGUAGGGUCAGAGCUGGAAAAUGUUUCUUCAAGUGGAGAGGAUGGAUUUGGUAAUGUGUUACCAAAAAGUGUGUCCACCAGGCGUCGAUAUUCAAAGAUGAGACAUCACAAUGAACUUUGCACUAGUGUCUUGGACCAUUCAGAAGCACCUGAUUCAACAAGAGAGCUUUCUAAACAGGAUGAAAUUAGACUUGAGGAAAGUCUAGAGAAGGGUACUGUAGAAAACAUAAAUUCAGAUAUUUCUCAGUUGAAUGAAAACAAGAUGCGUUCAGAGCUGGUGUUAACGCAGGUAGAUUCUGAGACUGCAUGUUUCAACUUGGACAAUAAUUCUGAUCUUAAACAACGUGAGUGUAAAAGCAGAGAAGACUCUCAAGUAAGGAAAGAGAAGCAUCGGAAGGAAAAACUGGGAAAGCCUAAAAAUACUUCCAGACAAAGACCAAAAAAAGGACGGGGUAAAGAGGCAUCCACAGAAAAGCUGGAUUUCUUGGGUGGCUCCAGUGAUGCUUAUGACUUUCAUUUUGAAGAGAGUGUCCAUGUUACACCUUUUCGGCAAAAUAAGGUGAAUGACACAGAUACUGAUGUGGAUGACAAAGACAACAUAUCUGAAACUAAUACCAUCGAGUCAAGCGAUAUGGAAGAAGAUUCAGAUGAUAGCCUCUAUGAACCUUAUAAGAGUAAAUCAAAAAAAAGGAAAAGUUCAGUAGACGAGACAGAUACAUUGCCAGUCCACGUAAGGCCAAGGUCUAAAAGAUGUUUGGCACAGCGUGAGCAGAAACUCCAUAAUGAAAGAGAGACUGAAAGCAAUAAAUCAAGUGACAAAUCUAUCGGGCAGCCUGCUGAGCCAUCUCGUGGACAUCUUUGUGAUGUUACCAAUACCGCUUCAUUGCUCCCCAGCACUGGGAAUGUGCCUGUUGUCCCAGAAGGUGAAGUACCACGAUCUCCAAAACGCAAGCGAAGUUGUACUCUUACCGUGAGCUAUAAAGAACCAAGUAUUGCAGGGAAACUCAGAAGAGGUGAUCCAUUUACAGAUACAAACUUUCUGAAUUCUCCAAUUUUCAAGCAGAAAAAAGAUGCUAAACACCAUUCUCUUAAAGAAUCUCUGUCAAAAUACAACGAGAAAUUUGUGGGUUGUCGUUGAGACUUCUGGUUGUGGAGUGAGCAUGUUUUGCUAUCACAAAGGAAAUCUUUCAUCCAGGAAACUUGUUGCACAGUAUCUUACACAAAUAUGCAACUAUUUCUAGGUGUCUAAUAUUAAGGAUAUAAAAUUAAGGGGCUUUGUUUUUAAUCCAGUGACUUGUUUUUAAUGAUAUAGAAGACACAAGACUACUUUUAGAACUAGGGUGAUGCCAUUCAAACUCUUUUGAGAGAAGGCAUUCCUACAUCAUGGAUCUGAAUAUAUCAGAAAUAUCUGAUGGAAAAGAUAGUGACUGUAAUUAUGUGACUUAUAUCCUGCUUCAUCUCACAGUGGUUGGCAAAGGUGAACUUCAGGCACUUAAGAUCAAAUGGUUUUGUGGGGGUUUUUUUUUGG